AUGGAGAGAACGAAGUUGGAAAGCAACGUCUCGGCGUCACGGAAGUUCCCAAGCGGGCCCAAGGACGACGUGCAGCGAUUAAGCCCUCAACAGUGGGCACUAGCUGGCCGAGCCCUUUUGUGCGCGGCCUCUACUUACCGCAGUGCCUCAGAGGCUUCAAGCCAAUGCGGCCGUAUUUUAAAGGAAGUGGAGGGAAAGCACCCAGACGGAUCUGACUUCAUGAUGGCGCGCGUGAUACGCAGCGAGGAUGGCCAGUUUGCGGGCAAGUGCUGGGUGGCUUUCCGUGGGACCGCCAGCAAAGAAGGCUGGAAGGCUAACUUCAAUGCCAUGGGUAAGAAAGAGCCUUUCUCCGAAGGGCACAAAGUUUGGGUCGCCAGCUCCUGGAAGCAUUGCUAUCGAACCUUACAAUCGGGCCUCAGGGAAGCGCUGUUGGAGGCAUACAAGAAGGGGGACUGCGAUCCGGAACAAAUCUACUACACGGGCCACUCUCUCGGUGGAGUGCUCGCCAACUAUGCUGCCUUGGACAACCUGGCAGGCGUGGACGGGCACCAGGCGAAGGCCACGAUCACUUCGGGAUGCCCUCGCCCGUGGUACGUGACGGACAAGCAAUGCAGGAAUCUGGAAGCGGCGUUGCCUCCCAGCUUGCGCUUCGUCCGCUAUCUAGCGAGUGCGAACGAGAAGUUUGACUUGAUCACGAACCUGCCGCCGACUUUGCCGGGGUAUGCAUGGAUGCCCAGGUUUCGGCACUGCUCAAGGCUGAAUGUUGGUCUCUGGGCAGUCCCUGCAGCGACCGCCCCGAGCCACUGCGAAAACACUGCCAUGGAUGCGGAGCACUGCGCGAUAAUGUCGAUUGUACACGGCGUCACGAAACUGGCUGAGAACGCCCCUUAUGGCGGUCUCCAUCAAGGUGACAGUGCUCUACAUGACUCUGAGGACUAUGCAACAAUUGCUGAGGUAGACGGCACGUUGCAAGCUUCGCUCUCAAAACUCUGA